AUGCCAAGUUAUGAAGUAAUUUCUCCUCAAGUUGCUUGCCCAACAUGUUCCGGAGCAGGCUAUGUGCGGAAAGAUUCCAGAGCAGAGUAUGUGGCUUUAAUUCCUCUGACAGACCGACGUCUUCGGCCGCGUAGAAUAUGCCUUAAACUCUUUGGAUCUGUAGUGAUCUGCUCCCUAGUAUUUAUACUGCUAUUGGUAUUUCUCUUUCCGCGAACAAUCUCUUUGAGAAGUUCAGUGUACAAGUUAAUUACCAUAAGUGCCAUUGCCAACAUGCAAGAUAAUUUGAUAGAUCUCACAGUGAUUAACCAGAUUAAUGUCUCAAAUCCAAACUUUGUUCCAACCACAAUAACUAAAAUUAGUGUGUCUCCGAAAUACCGUUCAGUGGAUCUACAAGAAACUGUUAUCAAUUCCAUUCAGAUGCUACCACUUCGCUCAGAAACUUUACUGAAUGUGACAACGAAGUUACUCUUUGAGCAUAAACAUUUUGAUGUUAUUAAAUUAUGUCUUAUGAAAUUACCUUACUUCCAUGAUAUAUACAUUACUUUUACCUUUCAUGUUAGUUAUACAUUAUUAUGGCAAAAUUUUGAUGCAUAUCUUACAAUUAUGCCAUUAGUUGAUUGUUAUCCAACGAAUAUGAAUCUAUCUAAUGUAGAAACUUUAUAA